AUGCCGCGACGCUCACAGGCCCGAGCGGGUGCGAGAGCUGUUCCCAAGCAGCCGGUCUGCGGCCGCCCAGGCAACUCUACCGCGCCUCGGCCGCUCUCCAUCGGCCUCGGUGUCACGCACACUUGCAGCCAGGGGUACCGUCCCGAGUACAUGAAGGCGCAGAUCUUCCGGCUCGCGCUGCUCUCGUACCGGCAGUCCGGCCUCCUGCAGCUGGCGUCCGAGAAGCUCCUCUUCCUCAACGAUCCGAACGCGGAGUGCCGUGCACUGGGCGCCUCGUACGGCUUUGGCAUCCUCACGCCAGCCGCCGUGUUUGCCGCGCCGCACCGCUUCCCCAUCAUCAACCGCGAAAAUCCCAGAGCGCACCUGAACGCGGUCGCGGGCGGCAGCAAGAGCAGGCCGCGCGACUCGGCGUACGCGCCCGUCGCCCCGGACGUCGCGCUCUCCGGCGAGACGGUGACGGUCGGCACGGCGAUGAGCUUCCUCUUCCAGGCACUCUCGACAGAGCAGGUGCUCUUCCUCGAGGCUGACUUCGUGGUGCUCUUCCUUGAGGGCGACUUCGUGGUCGGCGUGCCGCCCGACUCGCUCCGCGCGCAGCUCGAGGCGGCGGCGCUGCUGCGGGGGGCGGGCCUCCCGCUCACGCGGCUGCAGUCGCGAGCGACCAUCAACCAGCCGGGCGGCCUCGACGCGCCGUGCUGCUCCGCCGCCUCCGCCACGCCGCACCGCGAGUGCCGGUACCGCCUCCACGGCGGCAGCUGGGCCCGCUCGCCCAACUGGCGCAACUUUUACUGCGACGUUGACAUGCCGGCGCGCGGUGCCGUCCUCAUGGCCACUUGCGUGCGCCGGCCGACGAUGCGCUGCUUCUCCUCGACCGACGCCAACUGGAGCAACCGCCCGUUUCUCGCGGACCGGCGCUGGUUCGUGCAUGCGCCGCUUGAGCCGUCGAUCAAGGCGCUCAACGCGUCCCUCGGCGAGCUCUCGCAGGUCGUGCCCGACGACAACGGCGCCUUCGAGGUGCACAUGCUCAACAUCGACUGGGGCCGCGCCGCCGUCCCCCUCUGCCUCUCCGCCGACGGCGUCUUCGAGCACUACGGCUACUCGCAGCCGCAGCGCGCGAUGCUCCGCUCCCUUAGCGACGCCGACCUCGCAACGCGCAGCUACCUCGAUCUGCUCGCCGCCGCGCGCCGCGAUCCCGCCGCCAAGGAGCCGCCGGUGGCUCCGGGCGGCUGUGCCUUCCGGGGCGGUGGAGGUGGCGCCGCCGCCGCCCGCGGCGCUGAAGCUGCCCUCGGCGCCGCCGCUGCCCUCGGCGCCGCCGCUGCCCGCGGCGCCGCCGCUGCCCUCGGCGCCGAAGCCGCCCUCGGCGCUGAAGCCGCCCUCGGCGCCCUUGGCGCUGGAUCCCCCUUGCGCGCCGGUGGCGGCGGCGGUGCGGCAGUCUUCCGCAGAGAGGCGGGUGGUGCGGCGCCCUUCGGCACGCCCUUCCGCGGCGACGGCUGCGACGCCGCGCCCUUCCGGGAGGACGGCGGCGGCGCGCCCUUCCGCGGUUGGCGCGCUGGCGCCGCCUUUGCAGCCGCCGCCGCGGAGGGCGGCGCGGAGGGCGGCGCAGCAGCAAGCGGCUCGGAUGCCGCUCUCGCCGCCGCCUUCGCCGCCGCCUUCGCCGCCGCCUUUGCCGCCGCCUUUGCCGCCGCCUUCGCCGCCGCUGCCUCGCUGGUCCCUACCGCGGGCGGGUCGUCGGGCAUUUGCCUGCAGCGCGAGCACACCAGAGUAAUCUCGGGUGAUCUCGGGUGA